AUGGCGCCCCUCGCACACGCAUCCCGCACCUGCCUGCGGCAGCUGGCGCGAAGCAGCCCUUCCGCGACGACGGCUGCGCGCGCCCUCAGCACCUCGGCCGCCCGAAACGACACGACGGCCUCGAGCUACUCUAGCCCCUUCAAGGGCGCCCAGGCUGGCAACAAGAUCCCCGACUUCAGCAAGUACAUGAGCAAGGGUUCCGCCAGCAACAACCAGCUCUUCGGAUACUUCAUGGUCGGCACCAUGGGCGCCAUCACCGCCGCCGGUGCCAAGUCUACUGUCCAGGAGUUCCUCGUCAACAUGUCCGCCUCAGCCGACGUCUUGGCCAUGGCCAAGGUCGAGGUCGACCUCUCCACCAUCCCCGAGGGCAAGAACGUUAUCAUCAAGUGGAGAGGCAAGCCCGUCUUCAUCCGCCACCGCACCCAGGCCGAGAUCGACGAGGCCAACAAGGUCUCCGUUUCCUCCCUCCGUGACCCCCAGGCCGACGAGGACCGUGUCAAGACCCCCGAGUGGCUCAUCAUGCUGGGUGUCUGCACGCACUUGGGUUGUGUUCCCAUCGGCGAGGCCGGCGACUUCGGCGGUUGGUUCUGCCCCUGCCACGGAUCCCACUACGACAUUUCCGGCCGCAUCAGAAAAGGACCUGCUCCCCUCAACCUCGAGAUCCCCGAAUACGACUUCCCUGAGGAUGGCAAGCUGGUCAUUGGUUAA